CCAUAAAUCAAAUCUUCUUUCAGUGUAGUAGCAGCAUUCAAGUGUAUUUAUAUUUGUUUCUACAAUGGCUGCUACUACAAUGGCUCUUUCUUCCCCAUCUUUCGCCGGAAAGGCGGUAAAACUCUCACCAUCGUCCUCUGAAAUCACUGGAAAUGGAAAAGUCAUCAUGAGAAAGACUGUUACCAAGGCCAAGCCUGUCUCCUCUGGAAGCCCAUGGUACGGUCCUGACCGUGUCAAGUACUUGGGCCCAUUCUCUGGUGAGUCUCCAAGCUACUUGACUGGUGAGUUCCCUGGUGAUUAUGGGUGGGACACUGCUGGACUUUCAGCCGAUCCAGAAACUUUUGCUAAGAACCGUGAGCUGGAGGUGAUCCACUGCAGAUGGGCCAUGCUUGGAGCUCUUGGUUGUGUCUUCCCCGAGCUCUUGGCCCGUAACGGUGUCAAGUUCGGCGAGGCUGUAUGGUUCAAGGCUGGAUCCCAGAUUUUCAGUGAGGGUGGACUUGACUACUUGGGCAACCCAAGCUUGGUCCACGCACAAAGCAUCUUGGCCAUUUGGGCCUGUCAAGUUGUGUUGAUGGGAGCUGUCGAGGGUUACCGUGUUGCUGGUGGGCCUCUUGGUGAGGUUGUUGACCCACUUUACCCUGGUGGUAGCUUUGACCCAUUGGGCCUUGCUGAUGACCCAGAGGCUUUUGCUGAGCUUAAGGUGAAGGAGAUCAAGAAUGGUAGACUUGCUAUGUUUUCCAUGUUUGGAUUCUUUGUUCAAGCUAUCGUCACCGGAAAGGGUCCAUUGGAAAACCUUGCCGACCACCUUGCUGACCCCGUUAACAACAACGCCUGGUCCUAUGCCACAAACUUUGUCCCCGGAAAGUGAAGUUCAUAAGAAUAGAGUCUCCUCUAGUAUCAGAUUGGAUGAUGUUCUUGUAAAGCUAUUGUAAAUUACUGGAGAUUAUUUAAGAAUUUUGAUCAA